AUUUCUUUAAAUGUAGAAGACAUCCCUCCGUUACUCCAUACCUCCAGACAAUUUCUCAACUACUCAGAACUACUGGAACAAGAGAUGGUUUCUCCUACUAAGACUACUUCCUCCUCCUCUAUUCUCAUUCCCUUUCUCCUCUGCAUCUCAUCUUUCCUCCCAUCACUCACUCUCUCCUUCUCCAUUCGCUGCCACCCAGAUGACCAAAGAGUCCUGCUGACACUCAAGAAAUCCCUAAAUCCACAACAGUUUUCCCUCUGGAAUCCCCAAACAGACUGCUGCGAUUGGCCCAGCGUGGCCUGUGACACCCAAACCAACCGCGUCAGGUGGCUCGUUUUAAGCGACACCACCUUCCCUGGUUCCAUCCCCGCCGCUGUUGGCGAUCUCAGCCACCUUGACUACCUGGAGUUCAGUAACAUCAAAAACCUCACCGGAUCCAUCCCCUACUUCAUCACAAAACUUCAGAAACUCCAGGUGCUCACCAUCACUAAGACCUCUUUGUCUGGUCCCAUCCCCCAAUUCCUCGGCCAACUCAAGAACUUGGGAUCCAUUAAUUUGGCCUUCAAUAAGCUCACCGGUCCAAUCCCUGCUUCUCUCGGUGACCUCACCAACCUGGUUUAUCUUAAACUCGAUGUAAAUAAACUCACCGGAGUUAUACCUGAAUCCUUAGGGCAACUGAAAAACAUCUCAGGGAUUGACCUUUCCCACAACCGUCUUUCAGGUACAAUCCCGAAAUCUUUAGCCGGACUGAAGUUCGACACUCUCUUCUUGUCACACAACAAGCUCAUAGGCGACGCGUCCACGAUAUUAAUGGAGAACGAUAACGCAUGGGCGUACGAUUUGUCAUAUAAUCAGCUGGAUUUCGAUCUGUCCAAUGUGAGGUUUCCCAACAGGGUGACGGAAUUGGAUUUGUCACACAACAGAAUUCGAGGGAGUAUUCCAAAGCAGAUGACAGAAUUGCUAUUGGCAAAGUUGGAUUUGAGUUAUAAUCAGUUGUGUGGAGAGAUUCCAAUCGGUGGAAAACUGCAGCAGUUCCGGCCCAACUCCUUCAAAAAUAACAAGUGUUUGUGUGGUCCGCCUCUCCCCAAGUGCAAGUAGUCUUCGCUGGAGUUUGAAUCUCCAUCCACGGCCUGUCGGCCAUGGCCUGGAAACUGAGAUUUCAGCUUUCGGAUGGAAUUCCUUUUGGAUAAAUUGUGUGAUCUAUUCAUUACUCAUUAGUGAAGGAAUUCUCUGCUAAAGAAUUCCUUUUGGAUAAAUUAUUGAAAACUCUCCCGUACUUUCUCACAGUUGCUAUUCAGUACCCUGCUAAUAAUACUGUCUUCCCCUUGAACUUUUCUAUACAA